CUCGGCCCCGAGGCUGCACUCUGCUCCGCACCAAGUCUACGCACCCGACCGAAAGAGUGCCUUCCCUGUGCCAGGGAAGCCCCACCCACCUGAAGCCAAGAUGUCCAGCAAGAGGGCCAAGGCCAAGACCACCAAGAAGCGCCCACAGCGGGCCACAUCCAAUGUCUUUGCGAUGUUUGACCAGUCCCAGAUCCAGGAGUUUAAAGAGGCCUUCAACAUGAUCGACCAGAACCGAGAUGGCUUCAUUGACAAGGAGGACUUGCAUGACAUGCUGGCAUCACUGGGGAAGAACCCCACGGACGAGUACCUGGAGGGCAUGAUGAGCGAGGCCCCUGGGCCCAUCAACUUCACCAUGUUCCUGACCAUGUUUGGGGAGAAGCUGAAUGGCACGGACCCUGAGGACGUGAUCCGCAACGCCUUCGCCUGCUUCGAUGAGGAGGCCUCAGGUUUUAUCCACGAGGAUCACCUUCGGGAGCUGCUCACCACCAUGGGCGACCGCUUCACAGAUGAGGAGGUGGACGAGAUGUACCGCGAGGCACCCAUUGACAAGAAAGGCAACUUCAACUAUGUGGAGUUCACCCGCAUUCUCAAACAUGGUGCCAAGGACAAAGAUGACUAGGCCCCCGGGCCCCCAUGUCCAGGCCCCGUCCCAGCCACCUGCUCCCCACACACACAGCCUGCACCUGCUCUAUGCCCACAGGACCCUCUCAGGGGAGUCUCCCUCUGAGGGGUUAGGGGCCCAGCUCCCAGUAGAGGAAACAGGCCGAGAGAGAGCAGUGCCAGGCAAGGGUCACACAGCCACCGUGAGGCAGGUGUGCCCACUGUGACCCCCCAAGAAAGUAUCAUCUAGAUCUAGGGGACUGGGCCAGAGGGCUGGGCCUGGGAAGGCCUGGAAGGAGAGCCCAGGCUCAGUUAUUGCCUGCCCAUUCCCUGGCUGUCCCCACAGGAAGGGCCCUGGUGUCCUGCUCUGAGACACCACUUCACAUGCACUCCAUGCAGGGCAUGAAAGCUCUUUCCCAGACACUGCCACAAACUCACGAACCUCACCACAGUCCCUUCUCAGAGGACAGGAUGACAGAGCCCUCCCCUCUGCUCUACCCUAGAACCACCCCCAUCCCACCGAGUGUGUGCCCCAGACAUGCUAUAGGGUAGAGCUCCUCCCAGGAGAGGCGGAGUCUCUAAUAGAAGGCUGAGCACUGCUUUGGGUCCGUG